CCGGAUGUCGCCGCAGUAGUCGCGCCCGCGGCGGCACCCGCACCCUCGGCGGCCGCAGCAUCAGCACCGCAGAGCCGCGCCCGGAGCCCGCCGCCGCGCAGCAUGGCGGUAGCCCCUCCAAGCUGCUGUUUGGUGGCCUUCCCACCGCGUGCUAAGGACGGUCUCGUGGUAUUCGGGAAAAAUUCAGCGCGGCCCAGGGAUGAAGUACAAGAGGUUGUGUAUUUCCCGGCUGCUGACCACGGACCGGAGAGCAAGGUGGAGUGUACUUACAUUUCGAUCGACCAAGUUCCCAAGACCCAUGCCAUUGUGAUAAGCAGGCCUGCCUGGCUGUGGGGGGCGGAAAUGGGAGCCAAUGAGCACGGAGUGUGCAUAGCCAACGAAGCCAUCAACGCCAGAGAACCGGCCGCGGAGACGGAAGCCUUGCUGGGGAUGGACCUGGUCAGGCUUGGUUUGGAAAGAGGGUCCACGGCUAAAGAGGCCUUCGAUGUCAUCGUCGCCUUGUUGGAAGAGCACGGACAAGGUGGGAAUAAUUAUGAAGACGCAGGCUCCUGCCACAGCUUCCAGAGUGCUUAUCUGAUCGUGGAUCGCGAGGAGGCCUGGGUGCUCGAGACCGUGGGGAGGUACUGGGCUGCUGAGAAAAUCACAGAGGGAGUCAAGUGCAUUUGCAAUCAGCUCUCACUCACCACUAAGAUUGACGCAGAGCAUCCUGAGCUCAGGAGUUACGCUCAGAGCCAAGGCUGGUGGACGGGAGAGGAUGAGUUCAAUUUUUCCGAAGUUUUUUCUCCAGCUGAUGACCAUCCACGCUGCUGUGCAGGCAAAGACAGCUUAGAAAAGCAAGAAGAAAGCAUCACUGCGCAGACUAUGAUUGACAUCUUACGGGACAAAGCCAGCGGCGUCUGUAUAGACUCCGAGUCUUUCCUCACCACAGCCAGCGCGGUGUCUGUCCUGCCUCAGAGCAGAAGCUCACCGUGCAUCCACUACUUCACCGGGACCCCAGACCCUUCCAGGUCCAUAUUCAAGCCUUUCAUCUUUGUUGAUGAUGUAAAACUUGUCCCCAAAGUACAGUCUCCCUGUUUUGGGGACGAUGACCCUGCCAAAAAGGAGCCUCGGUUCCAGGAGAAGCCAGACCGUCGGCACGAGCUGUACAAGGCCCACGAGUGGGCCCGUGAUGUCAUUGCAAGUGACCAGGAGCAAGGUCGCAAGCUGAGGAAGACCAUGCUGGACCUGGAGAAGCAAGGCCUGGAGGCGAUGGAAGAGAUCCUGGCCAGCUCCAAGCCCCUGGACCCCGCUGAGGUGGGGGACCUUUUCUAUGACUGUGUGGACACGGAGAUCAAGUUCUUUAAGUGAAGUAAGCGCUCCCUCCCCCCUUCUUAUUUAAAAUCUCCCACCUUACUAAAUUACCAGCAAAACAAACCGCUCUCCUGUCUGAGUAAAACGAGAAAGUUCUGCGGUCGCCUUUUCCGAAGCCAAAUCCAACUGUGAACUUGUGUUCUGCCUGGAAUCUCAAAACGUCCCCUCUGCCCUGCGGUCCCCUUCCUCUGUGGUGUGACAUGCAGCCCGUGCACCUGCUGUUCGACUGUAGGACUAAUCGUGGAUUUUUAAGCUGCUAUCAUUGUAUUUCAGUGACAAUGGACCCAUUCGCCUUCUCGGGGGAGGAUGAGAGUUCAUCAGGCCUUGAAAGGCCGGCUCCACAGUGCUGAGUUUGUGGGAAAGCAAACUCCUUUGAAGUCUUACUCUUUCUCUCAGUAAUGAUUUCUUUUAUGUUAACAAGAGGCACUUCUUUGUCUGGCCCAGGGUCUUGCGUGUGUGCUGGAGGGAGCAGCUCCCGGCCUCCCUCCACGUGAGUUCAGGGCUGUAGUGCAGAAUGUUUCCAGAUGUGUCUUCUGAGGGACACAGCCAGCGGGAAGGAAAAAAGGGGUCCUGCCCAGUCCCAGCUCUGUCCCGAUUUCCCGCGAUCCUCGUGGACGCACAGACUGCUUCCACGUGCGGGAGAGCUGGUCCCCCAUGCCAGCUGGAACCUGCCCGCUUUAGAGAGGUAGCCGUGCCUGUGACCGCCCCGAGUCAUCGUGUGGAUCUCCCAAAGGCACGAGGCUCAGCCCGCUCCGCAGCAGGCGCGCCACGCAGGUGAGGGCUCCGGUAGAAAUGAUCCUGGGCCUGGUUGCCGCCGUCUCGUUUAGGGUUAAUUAAAUGGACCCCUGGCGCAGUUCCACCUCACAAAGCCACGGAGCUCUCAGUUAAUGAGGGAAAGAAAAGGAGAAACUUCUGAGUGUUUCGAGCCUCGUUAAGGUAGCUGGAAUCUGAGCAGCCAGCACAUUAUCUCAGCAGAGACUUUAAUUAAACGGAUUGGUUUCCCAAGUCGUGUUUGUAGGACUUGUCUUACCACCGGAGCAGAGAGAAGCGUGUGAGGAAGACCAGAUGGGCUCAGCGCUGGGAACGCAGAGGGCAAAAAGGCGACAGAUGGAUGUGGGAGCAUGUCGCUCCAGGGUAACAGUCCAGCCCCCGCCAUCCCCCCACGCCCCCGCGUCCUGCCCAGCCUGUUAGAGCCCACAGAUCUGCACAGGGAGCAACUGGCUUCCCUGGUCUUUCCCUUUAUCCUUCCCCCACUGCAUGCUCCAGUGGCUGCCUUCAGACCAGCGGCUGAAUGGGGCAGGUGGGGCGGGGGUUGGGCUUACCUCCAGCUACUGGCACUCUCAGCCACUCUCGGAAUUUAAAGGGGCAGAGGUGACGAAGGGAAGCGUGUGCUAACAUACCAGCUAGUGGGAGGCGGCAGCUUACGUACGCCCAGUGACCCCUGCUCAGAAGUGCUCUGUGAGAAAGCCAUGAGACCUGGGAAGGACGUGGGUCCCACCGGCGGCUGGGGCCCUCGGGGGUCACAGGUUGUUCCAGAACAAACCUUUUUUUCUGCCCACCCCCCUUUGAGAGUGUAGGCACGAGAGCCGUGAGCUUCCCCCGCAGCAGCUUUGUCGGUUCUGUGCGGACAAUGGCUGGCUACCAGUGGCGAGGGCUGGGAAGGCUGUUCGAGCUGACAAAGGCAACAGCAGCCACUGGUGGGGUCUUGUCGUCACUGGGACUUCCGUCUUGGUUUGGGCUUUCACUGCUGAUUAACUUGGGGUCCCCUCCUAUGUGGAGCUGCCAUUCUGAGUGUCUGUGUGCCAGGGGAAGGUUGGGGUUCCAGAAUGAUGUAGGUACCUCACCCCCCUGAGCCCACCUACAGCGUGGCUCUCUAAUUCAAGAUGAGGCAGAAAGCCACUCUGAAGUUUCACAACGAGGUCGCACCUCCACCGAUUAUGGAAACAUUUUAUCAGACCUGACGUGUCUGUGAUACCCAAGGAGAUCUGGGGUUUGACCAAAAGGAAUCUAGUGAGAAUAAAUUACACAGAGGCCGGCUUUCAUUAUUACGGGGCAAAGGUCAGGGUAACCCAGCCAGCCUUAUUGUGCAGUGGGAAACACAAUGGCUGCUUCUGUUAGGGGCCAUUGACCUUAGCCCUGCACUUCAGAGAAGGGCCAACCCUAAUUGAGAGUUGUCGGGGCUGAAGCUGUACGUCACAAUUGUGAUGCCCCCGUGUUACCACUAGAGGGCGCGGCGGCCUGGCCGAAGUUAAACAAGGCUGGGAUGCUUCCACCCGGCAGAGAGGUGGUCUACGCGUACCGUCAAACACCGGUCACAGCGGCGGAUAGAUUCUUUGUAUGGUUGGGAUGCAUGGGGAAGGACAAGAAGAGAGCAAAGAGUCUGCUGAUGCGGCUGUACUCACUUCUAGUAACUUUUAUCUACUUACAUCAACAGCUUGAAAUAUGUCGUUGGAUUUGAGCAGGCUCUUGG